AAGUCCGGACUAUUGAAAGUUUGAAACUCCACUACUACAUUGAUAAGUCCUAUAAAGGAAAUAUAUUACCUUAUAAUAAAGAGACUCAACACUUGUUACGUUUAGAAGAUGAUAAAAUCUUAUUACCUUCUCUUGCAAAUGAUAAUGACAUUGAUGAACUUGUUCAAAGAUUGAACAACAUCUCUGUUUCUGAGAGACAAAGUUAUAAUGCGGGAAUAACUAUUCAAUUGGUAAUUCGAUUUUUAGUGUACUCGUUACAAUUUCGAAGAUGUAUGUCCUCUGUACCCGAUGAACGUCUUCCUUCUGCUGUAUUGGCCGUGUCGGAUUAUAGAAGUGCUUUACUGGACCUUGCAAAUCCUUUUACAACUCUACCGUGUAAAGUUCUUAUUACUGAUUUCUUGGAAAAGACUCAAGAUUUACUUAAAUUACCCUUUAAUCC